GCCGUCGCAAAACGCUCACCAGUCUCCGCCUUUUCUAACGGGAGGAAUCGACGAGACUCGACCCCAAAUCGAAUUUCCCUUACAUUUGUCCGUCCCGUUUAGAGCGGAAAUUUUGAUGUAUGUUCGCUUGCGGUCGCUGGUUUGUUCUGUUUACAGACCGUUGGUAAUGAGUGAAUUUCUUGACGAAAAGCAUAAUCUACGCUUGUUCGUGUGAUGUAGGAAUCCGUCAUGCAGGCCUGAGGCUAUGUAGUAGGCUACUUCGAACUGGGUAGGAAAGCCAAGGAUGUGGAUUUGGUAUAUUUUGCUAACUUCUGGGCCAGGACCUAACUUGGCUGGCAGCCAGCCUCCCCCAGGAAACACCAUCACCGCCGCUACCUGCAGCAUUCCAGGCAAUUUCACGUGUGAAGAUGGACAGUGUGUCCCUGGAGCUGUGCGCUGUGAUGGACAGCCUGACUGCUUUGACAAUAGUGAUGAGAAGGGCUGCUCCAGGGUGAGGUCCAAAUGCUCCCCGACUUUCUUCCCAUGUGCCAAUGGCAUCCACUGCAUCAUCGGGCGGUUCCGCUGCAACGGCUUCCCAGACUGUCCAGAUGGCAGCGACGAGCACGAGUGCGUCGAUAACGCUGACCUCUGCGCGAGUGCCAGCAGGUUCCACUGCAACAACGGCCGCUGUGUUCACUUCAGCUUCCUGUGCAACCGUGAAGACAACUGCAGGGACAACAGCGAUGAAGAGAACUGUGAGGUCACUACAGUUGCGGCCCCUCAUCGAGACCUGUCCCACCUGGACUAUUCGGGCAUGACCGGGGUGGUCACUUGCUGCGCCCUCUUCAUCGGCCUGCUCUCCGCUCUGUUCGGCCUGGUCCUGCACCACCAGCGCAAGCGCGGCAUCCUGACCGGCCACGGGACCCAGGCCCGGCACCACCAGCCGCUGCUGCUGUCCCAUUUCGUCAUCCUGGACCCGGGGUACCCGCGCCUGUCCCCUCCCUCCACCGCGCCCUCGAGCCCCAGCCCUUUCUCCUGCAGUCCACAGGCCCGUCCGCUCCCUGCUGGGUCUCCACCGUCAUACUCGGAGGCAGCGCUGGACUCCAGCUAUCCAUCCUGGUUUGACCUUCCACCUCCCCCCUAUCUGCCCCAGACGACCCCAGAUCUGCCCACGUAUGAAGCCUCUGUGGAGCAUCUAGAGACUCCCACUCACGGCAGCCCAGCACACAGCCCUCCCGACGCAAACCCACUCAGGGAUUAGCACUUGAGCAGGAACUCAGCAGGAAACUCGGCACUCUCAAGCACGUAGAGGAGUGGAUCCGUGCCCAAUAGCACUCUCAUGUCUUCAAAAUAUCUUUUUGAAACUCAAUUUGUUUUGUUUUUCCUCGCUGACAGUUAACUCUUCCAACAGCAUCACUAUCUGAAAUGUGAUGGUUGAACGGUUGUAGUGUGAAGGAUGGAAAGAAGGAAUGAGGAAUAUGACUGAAAAUGACUGUUUGUGUGAUUCACACAAGAAAUGCUUCUUCUCUAUCAUUCUCUUUCUUGUUAAAUCAUGAAGAAUGCACACUGUGCCAUAUUAUGUUUGAUAACUGCAAACUACUUACAGUAGUGUUACUAUUCCACUGCCACAAGCAGGCAACAAAAGAGACUGUAUAAAGUAAAUAAUGAGGAAAUACAGAAUACAAUUGUAACAACUGGAAAAAGUAAACGUGGCAAGGACUUCAUCUGUAUGAUUGUACUGCUCCCUAGUGGACUUUCUGAUAUUGCAUGAGUCUUGAGAGGGGGCCUGACCAGCUGUGUAAAAUGGACAUUCUGUUGAAUAACAGAGCUAUAGAAAUUCCAGAUAUGUGUUAAACUCUUACACCACUGGGACUGUACAUUUUUUUCGAGUUGACUGUACUCCUUUACUCACACAGUUCCUUCACAUUAUCUAUUUAGAGAAAUAAUUUUGUAAAAAACGAUGAAGAAGGAUCUCAAUACAAAACAUAUGUCAGACACCUAUUAUUUAUGAAAAACAAUGUUCUGCAAUAUCCAUGUUAAUGUGUUUGUGAUUAUUGACAAUGUUACAGUGUUAACAUGUAGAAUCCACUAGGUGGCGCUCCUCACAUUUCAAAAUGCUGCUGUUUGUCUUGUCAUUUAUAAAGACCAUAUGAAGUCAA